AUGAUGUCGUCGUCACUCAAUAGUGCAGCGUUAUCCAGUAUAGAUGAUAAAACAAGAAAUGAGUUGAUGUCCUUUGUUCAGGCUGAACAAGCCAAGUCAAAAGUGCAAACCGCUAUACAUGGCUAUACCGACUUGUGUUUUAAGAAAUGUAAUAAAGACAAGCCCAUCACUUCGGCGAAGUUGGAUUUGCAGGAGGAGCAAUGUUUGAUGAACUGUUUGAAUAGAUUUCUAGAUACUCAUAUUAAAGUAGUGGAGGCAUUACAGAACAAGUAA